CUUUUUUUUUUUUCUUUGCAAUUAUCUUUUUUUACCUGUGCGCUUUUUUUUUUUUUUUUUUUUUUUUUGUAUUAAAUGAAAAAACAAGGAAAUAAACGUAAAUCAGCUCCAGAUGAAAGCACUUGGUCUCAUCUGGAUCAACUUUUGACGCCUGUACAAAUGAUGAGCGAAUCCGAUCUACAAAAAGAGUUGGAUUACUAUGCUGGCACGACAUUCAGGUACCCUUUGGAGGGUUCCUAUUUAGAACAGCGACAACAAACUAUGCCUCCAGCUCAGUAUCAAGCUAAAAGUAACAUUGACCAUUUGAAUAGUCUAUCAAUGUUAUUCGAUCGCCCAUCAACCUCAUCCGAGGCCCCGGUUUUAUUAAACCAUGAAAACGUGUACUCUAACCAUUCAACACCCAACCAUUCGACUCCUACUUCGCCAAAUCAAACGUAUUUUGACCCGUCCAAAAAUUACCUGUCUUCAACUGUGUCAGAUCUGCGUGUGGGACAAGACAAAAAGAAGAAGAAGCAACCCGUCCGAGUUAAGAAAGACAAAAAGCACCCAUUGGACCAUCUUAUUUUAUCCAGACACAAUAAGGAGCACGCAAAGAAAAAAAUUAGCGACGACGAAGAGGAAGAAGAGGAGCCUGUCAUUGGUGAUGGAGCACAGAGCUAUAGUAGCAUGGGUAGUAACAGCAGCCGUACGUCUUUAACCAAAGACGAUAAACGUCGACGAAAUACAGCCGCCAGUGCACAACAAGCACUUCAAAGCACGGCCUGCGAAAUGACGGAUAAGGCCAAGAUGAUGGAACAGCGGGUGCAUGAUCUAGAACGAGAAAUCAAGUGGCUAAAGGCCUUGGUGGUAGAGAAAAAUGAUACUCGUCUAGAACAGUUGGUCCGUGAAAGACCAGCUGCUUCUAUUGCAUUCCCCUUAUACCAAAGUAGUAAUGAAGAAGAGGAUGAAAACUAUCAAUAUUAACACACACAAGAUCCCUCCCUGAUCCACACUCCUUUUUUUUUUACAUGAUCUUUUAUAUCUCCUUGAUUACUAUGCAAUUUUUAUUUCAAAACAAAACUUAUGAUAUCCCAACUCCCUUUAAUGCUAGAAAUUAUGCAAAGUAAUAACCUAUGGCCUAUGUGCCCUAACAAUAAAAUCAACCUAUGCUUUUCC